AUGGGGGCGUGUAAGGAGUCGAUUUCUGAAAUCGACGUGGAUUCUAGUCUCGUAAUCAUGAUGUUAUGAAAGGGUGGUUUUCCUGAGCUAACGACCCUAUUCGCCGGAAAAACCUAUCUUACGCAUAGCAUCAGGAAAUUGACCGAUUACCACGUGGAUCUGUAAGUGGGCACUCAUAUGGUACAUUUUUAUAUAACAUCAACGGCUUAUAUUACAACAGUGCGUCGUCAUAUCAAUGUUAAAUACUGUAUUAUCAUCGGACGACUAACAUCGCUUAUACAAAACAUUGGAUGGUCACAUAAGUGUACAAUAACAGCGAUCUCCAUCUAAAUACACUACCGUGAAGGGAGAGUUUGGAAUCAGUGUUGCACAGCUGGGACCAAACUAGCCUUGAGUGUUCUAGAAAGGGCUGGGUCCUCAGAUCAACCUCUCAUACGUUUUAAAGAUUUUUGUUAGAACGAGAAGUCAUGACGCCGACAUCGUAGCAGACGACAUGGCAGGAAAGGUGUAUUUUGACGUGGGGGGCACUCGGUUCACCACUACGUGGGACACACUACAAAAGAUCCCUGGUUCGAGACUGGAAAAGUUGUAUGAAGUUCACGAACAACAGACAAAAUCUACAGGAAAAGUAGAGUACUUUUUUGACAGAAAUCCUGCAGUUUUCGGAUGCAUACUCGACUAUCAUCGAACUGGCGAUUUACACCUUCCUGUCAGUGUCUGUCCGAGUCAGAUCCGUCUUGAGUUGGAAUUCUGGGAUAUUUCUCCCCAUGCGGUGUCAAGUUGUUGCUGGAAGAGUCUGUAUGGUGACGAUGGUCUCGAAAAAACACUAAAAAUGCUAGACAGAGAAAUUCCAGUCUUUACCACUGGGAAGAAAUUUAUUCAGAAAACGGAAGGUUUGACGUCAUUGAUAAGGGAUUUAAUGGAAUACCCAACAUCGUCCAUGCUGGCAAAGGCGUAUGCAGUGUUUUACCUGACUAUGGUUGUAUUUUCUGUCAUUUGUGACGCUCUGGUGAGAUCGCAAGACUAUUUUGCACCACAACAAAAUGCAAACAUUUCCGGUUCCGGUUCCGACCACUUGAUGCCCUCCCUGUCGACCAUCCCAUGCGCGGGUCUUGUGAUAGAGGUUUUGACGAAUGCCGUGUUUACCGUUGACGUGGUCAUACGGUUAGCAGUUUCCUCCUCCAAAGUUUACUUCCUGAAGAGUUUCAUCAACAUCCUGGAUAUGUUGGCGCUUUUAGGCUUCUGGAUUCUCGUUUUUACGGCACUUAUCUCUCCCCUCCUUGUUCCCGGAAGUGAAAAAGAUGCUCUCAUGGCGGGUAACCUUUUGAUGACCUUGAGAUAUAUUAGAUUAUAUCGUCUCGCGACGGUUAACCGAGGACUUAAGUUGGUGCUUCUUGCCUUGGAUAAAAGCAAAAAGACCAUUUUCUUACUAUUUGCCAUUAUGAUAAUCAAUUCGUGUAUUUUCGGAGGAAUUGUGUAUUGUCUAGAUGAUAACCCCGAGCUCAUCCACGUAUUCCGGGCGUUUUAUUGGGCGAUAAUCACCAUGACAACCGUUGGUUAUGGUGAUGUCUACCCGACGAGUACAGUGGGCCGGAUUGUUGCCAGUUUAUGCGCCAUGACAGGACUAUUUCUGCUUGCCAUGCCGAUAGGUAUUAUAUCUAAGAACUUCACAUAUUUAUACACCAGGUUACUUCACAGAGAACACCAUUGCAAAGAAAAGCGGAAAUUUAAGAAAACAAUCAAAUUUACUUCCCUGCCAAACGGUGACGCACGUGUGAUGUCCUGAAUCAAUCUAUAAAAAUACUCCAUCUUUUAAAGCUCUUAACAGAUAUGAUGUGCUCUAUGGCUUUAUUUCAUAGAAAUAGGUACGCUUAUUGCUGUUACAAGUUUCAUAAUUUUAGAUCGAUAGGACCCCAUAAAGAAAAGGAAAUACACAGGGACUUGAGAAUUGAGACACAGUAUGUAUUUUGAGAUAUUUCCUGAUGUGUUGGCAGAAUUAUCACACGUUUUAGUGUUUUAUAUCACGAAUUGUAUUAUGUGUCUUGUGAUAACGAGUGUAUAAAGAAAUGCCUGUUGAGUUGUACAACGUAAAUCGAUAUACCAAUGUAAAAGCAAUGCUUUAAUAGUGACAGACCGGAAAAUGUAAGUUGAUACAUUUUCGAGGCGUUCACCUCUUGUCAAGACAAAAAAGAUAAACCAUUGCAUAACACAAAAAUACAAAACGUAAAUAAAUUGAUUUUUAGUCGGUACAGCUGGAAUGUAGAAGGCGUUUACAGUGUUACCAGUGUUUACUAUGUAGACGAACUGUUCAGAAAUACGUUCCUAGAUUGAGCAUUUCGGAACGAAUCGAGAAAUAUACGACGGGUGGGAGGCUCUACCAUAUGUCAGUGUUCAUAAGAGUCUUUAAAACUUGCAGGGGCAUUUUUUAUGAUGUGUCGCCCCUUAAGGCUUAGGUUUUACAGAGAGAA